UAGCUUUCUAAUAACUUUAUACAAACAUACAGAAAGUUGGCUACAUGAAGAUAUCAAAUUCACGCGAAGACGUUGCAAAGAUAGAGGCAAUAUGGCUGAAGCACAGUAAACUGGUGCAUUUGGUUUCACCAUGUAUAUUUUAACACUUGUAUAUAUAGCUUUAGCUUCUUUCUUAUCUAUCUCAGCAGGCCCCAUCAACAAAAACACAUUGGCAAAAGAUUUGUAUGCAAGAGAUGUGACAGUUACUGCUACAGCGGAAAUCUAUGUAAAGGACAAACAGAAGAAAGGACAAAAAAAGUUCUUGAUCAAACCGACUUCAGCAACGUCUGUUGUGAGAAAAAGACGAUCUUUUAAACUGAAAAAGAACACCCUAAACAGACACCUUUCUAAAAGUGAAACACUUUCGCACGUGGAAGCGAACAAGCGGGAAUUACCAUACACUAAUCCCCAUCCUAGUGCUGAUGAUCAGGGUCCUCUGGUCGGUAAAAUAUCUGAUCCAAUUAAAGCAUCUAGCAAGCAAAUUAUACCAACACAACAGCUGAGAAAACAAGUAGCGGUGAAGAACGAGGUUGCAAUGAAUAAUGCUGAUUUUGAUGUGAAUAAUUACGCCUUUAACAACAAUGACAAUAAUGAUGAUGAUUCUGAUGGAGAUGAGGAAGAUGAUGAUGACAUAACACCAACAGAUGCAACAGAUGGUGCAGAGCAGGACGCUUCAGAAGACGAAAAUGCGCCCACAGACACUCCCGACGUCACUGAUGGGUCAGCGGCUGAUGUUAGCUCUCAAAAUAAUGAUGAAGGGAAUAUUGCUGGCAGUGAUAAUAAUGACAACACGAAUCAAGCUCCAGAGCCUCCUAAUCUUUCAUAUAAUGAUUUGAAUGCUGACCCUGAAGAUAGCGAUGACAGUGACGAUCUAGCACCUACCGAUUCCACAGAAGGAGAAAAGAAGGCCAUAAUUGUGAAUCACAAACCAAAACGAAGUGAAACCAAAAAUAUUGUAGGUGACAAACGUGAAUUGAAUCCGGGUCUACCAAUAGAAAAUGACAGCUCCCAAGAGGAUUCAGAACUGACAAAAGAUUUUGUUGAACUUUCCAAACUUGAACAAGACAUUAAUACCAUUGCGGGGGAUCUGUCAAGCAAAAAGAGAAACAACAUUUCAAAAAAUAGACGUUAAUAUAUAUAUAUAAAAAGUUUUUUGCACCAUUCACAUAUGUGUUUUAAAUUGGAGUAUUCAAGAUAUUACAUUUAUGCAUGUUUGUUUUUGAAGAAAAGCUUAACCAAAAAUCCA